UGUCCUGAUGGUUCAACUUGUUGUAAAUUAUCUACAGGACAAUAUGGAUGCUGUCCACUGCCAAAUGCUGUAUGUUGUUCAGAUCAAAUCCACUGUUGUCCAUCAGGAACAACUUGUGAUACUGGAGCUGGUAAAUGUAACAGACAAGAUGGAACUAGUGUCAUGUGGUCAAAGAAAACAUCAUCUCAAUCUUUAAAAGUAGAAAAUGUUGUUUGUCCUGAUCAACAAUCUCAAUGUCCUGAUGGUUCAACUUGUUGUAAAUUAUCUACAGGACAAUAUGGAUGCUGUCCACUGCCAAAUGCUGUUUGUUGUUCAGAUCAAAUCCACUGUUGUCCAUCAGGAACAACUUGUGAUACUGGAGCUGGUAAAUGUAACAGACAAGAUGGAACUAGUGUCAUGUGGUCAAAGAAAACAUCAUCUCAAUCUUUAAAAGUAGAAAAUGUUGUUUGUCCUGAUCAACAAUCUCAAUGUCCUGAUGGUUCAACUUGUUGUAAAUUAUCUACAGGACAAUAUGGAUGCUGUCCACUGCCAAAUGCUGUAUGUUGUUCAGAUCAAAUCCACUGUUGUCCAUCAGGAACAACUUGUGAUACUGGAGCUGGUAAAUGUAACAGACAAGAUGGAACUAGUGUCAUGUGGUCCAAGAAAACAUCAUCUCAAUCUUUAAAAGUAGAAAAUGUUGUUUGUCCUGAUCAACAAUCUCAAUGUCCUGAUGGUUCAACUUGUUGUAAAUUAUCUACAGGACAAUAUGGAUGCUGUCCACUGCCAAAUGCUGUAUGUUGUUCAGAUCAAAUCCACUGUUGUCCAUCAGGAACAACUUGUGAUACUGGAGCUGGUAAAUGUAACAGACAAGAUGGAACUAGUGUCAUGUGGUCCAAGAAAACAUCAUCUCAAUCUUUAAAAGUAGAAAAUGUUGUUUGUCCUGAUCAACAAUCUCAAUGUCCUGAUGGUUCAACUUGUUGUAAAUUAUCUACAGGACAAUAUGGAUGCUGUCCACUGCCAAAUGCUGUAUGUUGUUCAGAUCAAAUCCACUGUUGUCCAUCAGGAACAACUUGUGAUACUGGAGCUGGUAAAUGUGACAGACAAGAUGGAACUAGUGUCAUGUGGUCAAAGAAAACAUCAUCUCAAUCUUUAAAAUCUGCAGAUGUAAGCUAUAGAAUAUAG